GGCGAGGCUGAGCAAGAGGCCUCCGCAUCUCGACACCUAGGAGAGCAGGCACGGAGUAUCACCAGGAUAGAGGACCAUGUUGCGCCGUAAGCCCUCCAACGCCAGCGAGAAGGAGCCUACUCAGAAGAAAAAGCUCUCCCUUCAGCGCUCCAGCAGCUUCAAAGAUUUUGCCAAAUCCAAACCCAGCUCCCCUGUGGUGAGCGAGAAGGAAUUUAAUCUGGAUGAUAAUAUUCCAGAAGAUGAGUCAGGUGUGCCGACCCCAGAGGAUGCCGAGAAGAGCGGCAAGAAGCUGGGGAAGAAGUGGAGAGCGGUGAUUUCCCGAACCAUGAACAGGAAGACGGGCAAGAAGAUGGUGAAGGCCCUGUCAGAGGAGAUGGGAGAUACUCUGGAGGAGGGCUCAGCAUCCCCAACGUCUCCAGACUGCAGCCUGGACAGCCCCGGCCCUGAGAAGAUGGCGCUGGCUUUUUCUGAGCAGGAGGAGCAGGAGCUCCCAGCUCUCAGCCGCCAGACAUCCACAGGCAGUGAACUCUGCAGCCCCAGCCCAGGUUCUGGAAACCUUGGGGAGGAAUCGACUGCACCACAGUACACGGGCCCCUUCUGUGGCCGGGCACGAGUCCACACCGACUUCACUCCCAGCCCCUAUGACCGUGACUCACUGAAGCUGCAGAAAGGAGACGUGAUCCAGAUCGUUGAAAAGCCACCCGUGGGCACAUGGCUGGGCCUGCUCAACGGCAGGCUGGGCUCUUUCAAGUUCAUCUACGUGGAUGUGCUGCCCGAGGAGGCUGUGGGGCCUGCGCGCCCCAGCCGCCGACAGAGCAAGGGCAAGAGGCCCAAGACCAAGACUCUGCAUGAGCUGCUGGAGCGCAUCGGCCUUGAGGAGCACACAUCCACUCUGCUGCUCAAUGGCUACCAGACACUGGAGGACUUCAAAGAGCUACGGGAAACACACCUCAAUGAGCUAAACAUCAUGGACCCGCAGCAUCGGGCCAAGCUGCUCACGGCCGCCGAGCUACUGCUGGACUACGACACUGGCAGUGAGGAGGCGGAAGAGGGCACAGAGAGUGGCCAGGAGCCAGCGGUGAGCACAGUGGCAGAGCCCAAGGUGGACAUCCCACGCGACUCUGGCUGCUUCGAGGGCUCUGAGAGCGGGCGUGAUGAGGUGGAGCUGGCGGGCACCGAGGAGCAACUGCAUGGCCUCUCCCUGUCUGGGGCCCCUUGA